AUGAACGUUACUCAGGUGUUGGAGGGUACCCUGUCGCCGGAUGCGAAUACGCGUCAGGGCGCCGAGCAGCAGUUGAUUCACGCUGCUGAGGUUGAUUUCCCCGCCUACCUCAUCACACUCUCCGAAGCCCUCGCCAACGAAGAAUCCCCCAGCCACAUCCGUAUCUCUGCUGGUCUCGCUCUCAAAAACUCCCUCACAUUUAGAGAUGUCACUAGGCUGCGGGAAGUCCAAGCCCGAUGGGCCCAACAAGUGCCCCCCCAGACCAAAGCACAAGUAAAAGCGCUUACGUUGCAGACAUUAGGCGCCAAAGAUGUUCGUGCCGGUCACUCGGCCGCCCAGGUCGUUACGUCCAUCGCUACAAUCGAAUUACCUCGAGGCGAAUGGCCGGAGUUGAUGCAGGCCUUGGUGCAGAAUGUGGGUAGUGGAUCGGAUGCGCUUAAGCAGAAUUCAUUGGCGACUCUAGGUUUCAUCUGUGAGGAGCGGGAUGCUGAUAUGCGCACUGCCUUGGCUGGAAGCUCCAAUGCCAUCUUGACCGCUGUCGUGCAGGGUGCUCGUCGCGAGGAGGCGAAUGCCGACGUCCGAAUUGCUGCUUUGCAGGCUCUUGCGGACGCAACUGAUUUUAUUGGUAGUAACAUGGGCAAUGAAGGAGAGCGGAAUUAUAUUAUGCAGGUGGUCUGUGAGGCUACCCAGGCUGAAGAUACCCGAAUCCAGGCAGGUGCUUUCGGUUGUCUUAACCGUAUCAUGGCCAGUUACUAUGAUAAGAUGCGUUUCUAUAUGGAGAAGGCCCUCUUCGGGCUUACAAUUAUGGGUAUGCGACACGAUGAGGAGGAUGUCGCCAAGCUUGCUAUUGAGUUCUGGUGCACCGUUUGCGAGGAGGAGAUUACUAUUGAGGAUGAUAAUGCUGCGGCUCCAGAGCCGUCGAUGUUCCGGCCGUUCUUCAACUUUGCUAGAAUCGCUUGCCGUGAGGUCGUUCCCGUGCUGCUUAAGCUCAUGACGAAACAAGAUGAAGAUGCCACCGAUGACGAGUACAAUGUUUCCCGCGCUGCCUACCAAGCACUUCAACUCUAUGCUCAGUGCGUGCAGGGAGAUAUCAUCCAGCCUGUUCUCACCUUUGUUGAAGAGAACAUCAAGAGCGAGGACUGGCACAACCGGGAUGCUGCCGUUGCCGCUUUCGGUGCUAUUAUGGAUGGUCCUGAGAUUGAUGUCUUGGAGCCUCUCGUCAAGCAAGCCCUUCCGGUUCUGCUGGGUAUGAUGAAUGACCAAUCUGUCAUCGUCCGCGACUCUACGGCGUUUGCCCUUGGCAAGAUCUGCGAAGCUUGCCCUACUGGCGUCGAUGUCGAUGUUCAUCUUCAGCCUCUCAUUGCCGCUCUGUUCGGUGGUUUGGCUAGCACCCCCAAGAUUGCUGGCUCUUGCUGCUGGGCUCUUAUUAGCAUUGCCGAGAACUUUUCACUACAAGGUGAUGGUUCGACGAAUCCUUUGUCGAAACACUUUGAAGAGAGCAUUAAGUCUUUGCUUGCUCUCACUGAGCGACACGACACCGAUAACCAGCUUCGUACUGCUGCAUAUGAAGUCGUGAACGCAUGGGUUACCAACUCAGCCAAUGAUAGUCUUCCAAUGGUUGCCAGUCUAUCUGAUGUGAUCCUCCAGCGUCUUGAGCAGACCGUGACUCUCCAGCAACAAGUUGUUAGCGUCGAGGACCGAAUUGCUUUGGAAGAGAUGCAAUCCAGCUUAACUGUCGUUCUUUUGGCCAUUGUGCAACGCCUCGAGGGCGAGAUUAAACCCCAAGCAGACCGCAUCAUGCACACUUUGCUCCAGGUUCUCUCUACUUUGCCUCCCAAGUCUAGUGUGCCAGAUAUCGUCUUCGCUGCCGUUGGUGCGGUCGCUAGCGCUUUGGAGGAGGACUUCCUCAAAUACAUGGAAUCAUUCUCGCCAUUCCUGUAUAAGGCUCUCCAGAACCACGAAGAACCCGGUCUCUGCGCCAUUGGUGUUGGCUUGGUUGGUGACAUCACCCGUGCUUUGAACGAGAAGGUGCAGCCUUUCUGCGACACAUUCAUGAACCAGAUGUUGAGCAUUUUGACAAACAGCGGUCUUCGGGAUACACUCAAACCCGCCGUUCUCGUCACCUUUGGAGAUAUUGCACAGGCUAUUGGCGUACACUUCCAGACCUAUCUGUCUGUUGUCGCCCAGGUCCUUCAGCAAGCUUCCAGUGUCACACUCGCCAACGAUGUUGACGCUGACACCGUGCAAUAUGUUAUCUCCCUCCGUGAGGGUAUCAUGGACUCUUGGGGUGGUAUCCUCUUGGCCUACAAGGGAACUCCUCAGAUUGCCGCUCUUCAACCCUAUGUUGAGCCUAUCUUCCAGCUCCUUCACCUCAUCUCUACAGAUAGCCAGCGUAGUGAAGGCUUGAUGCGUUCGACUAUGGGAGUUCUUGGUGACAUCGCUGACUCAUUCCCCAAUGGCGAGUUUGCUGCCUUCUUCCGCAACGACUGGGUUACAACAUUUGUUCGUGACGUUCGCACAAACCCUCAUUAUAGUCAGCGCACUCUCGAUACCGCUCGCUGGGCACGUGAGCAAGUCAAGCGCCAGAUCAACCUUGCCACUGCCGCUGCUAUGUCUUGA